AUGUCCUACUUCCUACCGCAUCUGCCUACGGGAUGGCACGUGGACCAAGCCAUCCUCUCAGAAGAGGAUCGCGUGGUCAUUCUCCGCUUUGGUCACGACACCGACCCGGUGUGCAUGGAAAUGGACGAAACGCUUUACAAGGUCUCGACAGCAGUACAGAACUUUGCCGUCAUCUACCUGGUCGACAUCACGCAGGUGCCGGACUUCAACAAGAUGUACGAGCUGUACGAUGCCUGCUCGACCAUGUUCUUCUAUCGCAACAAGCACAUCAUGAUCGAUCUCGGGACGGGCAAUAACAACAAGAUCAACUGGGCCAUCACGGAUCGGCAGGAGCUGAUUGAUAUCGUCGAGGUGGUGUACAGGGGGGCGAGCAAGGGUCGCGGUCUGGUCAUCAGUCCGAAAGAUUACUCGACAAGACAGCAAUACUAG